GAUGCUUGGGCGGAUCUAACGGCGAGCACUGCCGCAGCCGCGCACAGUGUCGGUGGGAUCUGCCGGGAAAACAUCGUCCGUCUCGCACGGAGGCUCGCGUCUAGACACGAGCCGGUUCCCGCCGGAGAUGGAGGAAGAGCCGGGGAGCAUCGGGAGCCGGAGAUGAAGUUUCCCGGGUGAAAAGUGGAAUAUGUGCACGAGAAGAAGUUCGAUCCAAAUGACGAAAAGACAAGAUUGGAAAAAGUGUCCCUCCUCUUCCUCUUCCUCUUCCUCUUCCUCGUGCACAUGAUCGCAGCGAGGAAGACCCAAUCAAGAACGGAUCGCAUCGACCCACGCGCGUGCACGCCUCUUCAUCGGGACUUGAAGAGGCCGGCUGGCUUCUUGCCACUCACGUGCGUGUGAGUCUCACUCAAAGCCUGUUGCAGCCUGCCGGGGAAGGAAGGACCUCGCCGGGAAGGUUUUAGCUCCGCACACCGAGGCGGCGACACGCAGCCCCGCCGAGACGCCGCAGCCAGCGGGGAAGGGAGCCGGGACGCCGGCGAACAAGGAAGGAAGGAAGGCGGGCGGGCAGGAAUAUCCUCCUCGCCGUUCUCCGGUAGCCCCUCCAUCCAUGCGGGAGUCCUGAGCGAGCGGCGAGGAGACGUGACGCCGAGCAGGAAGCCUCGGAUCAGCGGGGCUGCAGAGGAAGAGUCCGCCCGCUCGCCGGAGCUGACAUGCCGCGGAGGAAGCAGCAAGCGCCGCGGCGCGCCUCCGCAUACGUCCCCGAAGACGAGAAGGAAGCAGCUCUGCUCGAUGAGGACCUUGACGGAGAGGACUCGGCCCAGGAAGGGGAGGAGCUUGCCCCCAAGUUCCUCUGUCAGGACAAGGACAGGCCAGGGUCAGCCGACUUCCAUGACUCUCCCAACGCAGCCGACUUUUCUGGCCUGGAGCUGGACAGCGAGUCCCACUUGAGUGAAUCUAGUGACAGGAUGUCGGACUUCGAAAGCCCGCCCCUUAAAACCGAAGACGAUGUUCUUCUUUUCAAAGACCCCACAAAUGCUCUUUCCCUGUCCUCCACCAUCAUGGCCGUGGCAGACAAUGCAGCCGUGCCGGGGAAUGGAGACGAGGCUGCACUUUCCACCGCCGGGUCUGUGGCCGACAGCCUGGAGAAGAUGAAGGCCAUCUACACCUCCUUUCUGACCAACUCCUACUGGUCCACUCUAAACCUGAACCUGAGCCAGCCACCGGCAGAGAAACCUCCUCGUAGUCACAGCAGCAGCAGCAGCAGCAGCAACAGCAGCUGUGGAAGCGGAGGCUACGACUGGCACCAGACCGCGAUUGCCAAGACCCUCCAGCAGGCCUCACAGAACCACCAGAGCCGACUAGCCGUGGCUCAGCAUCCCGCUCUGCCUGUGUCGGCACCUUCGACAGAACCCAGCCUCUUCAGCACGGUGCAGCUGUACCGCCAGAGCUCCAAGUUGUACGGUUCCAUAUUCACCGGCGCCAGCAAGUUCCGCUGCAAGGACUGCAGCGCUGCAUACGACACGCUCGUGGAACUAACGGUGCACAUGAACGAGACUGGCCACUACAGAGACGACAACCACGAGACAGACGGCGAGAGCGCCAAACGCUGGUCGAAACCCAGGAAACGCUCCUUGCUGGAGAUGGAAGGGAAGGAGGAUGCACAGAAGGUUCUGAAGUGCAUGUACUGCGGGCACUCGUUUGAAUCCCUCCAGGACUUAAGUGUCCACAUGAUCAAGACCAAACACUACCAAAAAGUGCCUCUGAAAGAGCCUGUGACGCCAGUGGCAGCUAAGAUCAUCUCCUCCGCUCGGAAAAGAGUCCCUAUCGAGCUGGACAUCCCCAGCUCACCGGACUCAAAUGGAGGAGCCACGCCCAAGCCUGCCUCUCUAGCCGACUCCGACACGCUCCAGAAGGCCUCCAACCCGUACAUCACGGCCAACAACCGCUACGGACAUCAGAACGGCGCCAGCUACGCCUGGCAGUUUGAGUCCAGGAAGUCGCAAAUCCUCAAAUGCAUGGAGUGUGGCAGCUCUCAUGAUACGCUGCAAGAACUGACCGCCCACAUGAUGGUGACCGGACACUUCAUCAAAGUCACCAACUCUGCCAUCAAAAAGGGCAAACCCAUCAUCGAGGCUCCCAGUCCGGCACCAACAUCUAGCCCUGCUGUGGAGGAGAAAGUCCAGUCAGUUCCUCUGGCUGCCACAACAUUCUCCCCCCCACCCGCUCCGGUACCUCCUCCUGCCAGCAUGUCUCCCACCUCCAUGGCAGCUGAGAUCAAAAAGGAGGAGAAGGAAGAGGAAUGCACUAAAGACCUAAUGGUGGACAAUGCUAGCCAUGCAAACAAGGACAAGAUGUUAGGAGGUGAGGACGAGCCCGAGGAGAAGUUUGAUAUCUCUUCAAAAUAUACGUAUCUGACUGAGGAAGACCUGGAUGAGAAUCCCAAAGGAGGUCUAGACAUCCUCAAGUCCUUGGAGAACACAGUGACCUCAGCCAUCAACAAAGCCCAGAAUGGAGCACCAAGCUGGGGGGGAUACCCCAGCAUACAUGCCGCCUAUCAGCUCCCCAACAUAAUGAAACUGUCUCUGGGGAACUCUGGAAAAAGUUCUCCUCUGAAAUUUAUGUUCACUGGAGCAGAAAUCUUCUCUCCCACCAGCAAGAGCCAGCCGUUGGUCUCGCCUCCGAGCCGCCAGACAUCUCCUCUGUCCAAGCACAACUUCCACGCCAUGGAGGAGCUGGUCAAGAAGGUGACGGAGAAAGUGGCAAAGGUAGAGGAAAAACUGAAGGAGCCCGGUGGUUUGGUGAGGUCAUCUCCAAUGAGGACCACGCCCUCUCCCUGCAACAGUGAAGUGGAGGACACCAACAUAGGCGAAUCCCCCAGAGACGUGAAAGUAGGAGGCUGUAAAACUCCUGACAGCUUGGUCGGACUGAAUUCUGCAGAAGUUUGUGGAACAAAUGGAGACAGUAGCAUGACAGAAGCCACGGAGAACGGUGUGGAGUCGUCACCCCAGACGGGGGCUCCAUGUGGCAGCACGGCCAUCAUAACCGACCACCCACCUCCAGAGCAGCCGUUUGUCAACCCUUUGAGCGCGCUGCAAUCGGUCAUGAAUGCUCACCUGGGGAAGGCCGCCAAGCCCGCCCUGCCCUCUCUGGACCCCAUGAGCAUGUUGUUCAAGAUGAGCAACAGCUUAGCAGAGAAGGCCGCAGUGGCGACCUCCACCCCGCUUGCACAGGCCAAAAAGUCUAGCAGCGACCACCUGGACCGCUACUUCUACCAGCAGCACCCAAGCAACGACCAACCCAUCGAUCUCACCAAAGGAAAGCAUGCUGACAAAAACGGCAAUCCCGCCAUGUCGGUGUCCCCGUCCUCCGCAGUCACCAUGACCAAAGCUUCCGCUGCUGUCGCUUCGUUCAUGUCCACAUCCCCCCUAAGAGAAAACGCUCUCUCGGACAUCUCCGACAUGCUGAGGAACCUGACAGAGAGCCAGGUGGUCUCCAAGGCCUCCACACCCACAAGCUUGUCGGAGCGCUCUGACAUUGAAGGUGCUACUCAGGAGGACACGGAGGAAGUCUCACCUGCCCAGAAGCGAAAAGGCCGCCAGUCCAAUUGGAAUCCUCAGCACCUCCUCAUCCUGCAGGCCCAGUUUGCCUCCAGCCUGAGACAAACUACAGAUGGCAAGUACAUGAUGUCAGACCUGAGCCCGCAGGACAGGAUGCACAUCUCCCGAUUUACCGGACUCUCUAUGACCACCAUAUCGCACUGGUUGGCCAACGUCAAGUACCAGCUGAGGAGAACCGGUGGCACCAAGUUCUUAAAGAACCUGGAUUCGGGUCACCCGGUGUUCUUCUGCAGUGACUGCGCCUCACAGAUCCGCUCACCGUCCACCUACGUCAGCCACUUGGAGUCCCAUCUGGGCUUCCGACUGCGAGACCUUCCCAAGCUAUCUGGGGAGCAGCUGCUCAGCCAGAUCAGCCAGCAGCACCAGCGCCAAAUCAAAGGACUCUCUGACAAGCUGCUGUCGGGCCUCCAUCCGUCCAGCCACCCGCUUCCCUCCUCCUUGCCCACGUCCCUGCCUUCGUCCUUUCCCGUCUCACUGCCGUCGUCUCUGCCCACUCCGCUGCCCUCGGCCGACUCCUCGGCCUCGCCCUCCCCCAAUGAAGACGAGGACGCCGCCGCAGCCGUGCACCAAUGCAAGCUCUGCAACCGGACUUUUGCCAGCAAGCACGCCGUCAAGCUUCACCUUAGCAAGACUCACGGAAAGUCACCGGAGGACCACCUCAUGUACGUCUGCGAGCUGGACAAGCAGUAACAAAGGAUUAGCGGACUUGAGCGCUACCGUAGCACCAGGUUGUAGCAAGACGGGACCAGCACAAAGACAUGUCCUUGCUGUCACCGUGGGAGGCCGGCAAAGCUCCGAAUGUGAGCCCGCCAUGCAAGAUCUGAGUCUUUUGUACUUUGUGUAAAUGACUUUGUAUUUUCACAUCAGCAGGAUGUGAGAAGCUGCAUGCCUUUUUUUUCAAUCCACAAAGAAUGAAGUGAAAACAAAAAUGGCAAUGGUUAGGAAAAAAGAUGUCACGUUCCUGGGAAAAAGGUGGCAUUUAAAGAAGUGUGUUUUACUUCCCAUGGGAAUAUUACACUUUUUUGACAAGAAAAACAAGAAAUGUCAGAUUGCGACUUGAUGUGUGGAAUAUUAGGCGUAUUCAGGAAGUUGAACCCUGAGAGUUGGUCAAAGCACUUAAGAUGCAAACUUCCACGGGCGCUCGUCCAGCUGCAACAGAAAUGUCUUUUUUGCUUUUUCCCAAAUUCAGUGUCAGUUUCCCGAUGAAAAGGAGAGAAAAGGGAUCCUGUACUUGAUCAGGGAGCUUUUUUGCUGCAGGUGUGUAAAAUAUGUACAGAAAACAGAAAGUCAUUCCUGUCUAAAUGAUACGUCUUUCUAUAUUUUUUAAUUUAAAGAAAAGACUGCCGGUGCACAUAUGAAGACAUGAAUGACGUUGUUUUGCACAAGACUUUUUAUACGUGUUAUUUCAUCAAAUGAUAAAAAAGGGACAUCGCAAAAAACUGAUGAAUUUUGAGAAAAAAAAACCCGACGUGUGCUGAAGGGGUGAAGUCUUUUUACACGUAUGAAAAGUCCAAAAAGAUGUACCCUGUUAUUUAUGAGCACUCUUUUUUCUCUUGAUGCCACACUGCAGCAUUAUCUUUUGGGGCGGGGCUAAGAAUGGUUACCAUGGUUACGCUGUGUUAGAGUGACAGGCCCAAGUGACUGAGGUGUGUAAAAUACGAGCAUGUAAAGACCUUCUCUCCUUCUUGUACACCUGUGACUAUAACCGUCUUUUCUACUGCAGCAUUAAAAAAAGAAGAUGUUUUUUGCAAUCCUGUGUGCGGCUCGGUUGUUUGGCGCCGCUAACCGGCGUCUGUGACGACCCGGGCUCCGGAUCGGUCCCUGCGCCUGCGCUCACACACACUGCAAAACAGGAAAAACUGCAAAACAAAACUUGCAGGAAAAAGAGAAAAAACAGGGAAAAAGUGCAUGAUCACACCAAGACGGCCAAUGACUGC